UUUGUAGUGCAUAGAGUGGAACGUUUCAUCAUAUAAUCAUAAGCAAUUCGGUGGCGAAAACAACGGAACAGCAAUCGCAACAUGUACGGCGGCGCCUCCUCCAAGCUCGGCCGCGGCGCUCCGAACCGCCGCCACUCCUCCUUCCCCCCUCCGCCGCCGAACCGUCCCUCCGCCCCUGCCGGCCGCCUCUCCAUGGGCGCCUCCUCCCGCAACGCCGCGAAGGAGACGGCGGCGCCGGCGGCUGAGGAGACCUUCCGCCUUACCUCCGGCAGCAACUCGCUGGCGUUUUCCAUGAUCAUACGGCUCGCGCCCGACCUCGUUGAGGAGAUCAGGCGCGUGGAGGCGCAGGGCGGCACCGCGCGUAUGAAGUUCGGCCCCAAUCCUCACAAUCCCAUCGGAAACAUUAUUGAUGUUGGUGGGAAGGAGUACAAAUUCACGUGGUCAAGGGAAUUGGGUGAUCUCUGUGAUAUUUACGAAGAGUGCCGAAGUGGCGAAGAUGGAAAUGGUUUGCUUGUUGAGUCUGGGUGUGCCUGGCGAAAGCUGAAUGUGCAGCGUAUCUUAGAUGAGUCCACCAAAAAUCAUGUCAAAAGGCGGUCAGAGGAAGCUGAACGCAAGAUGAAGUCUCGCAAAGCCAUUGUCUUAGAGCCAGGGAACCCAUCUAUGAAGAGUCAGCUAAAGGCAUUAGCAGCUGUUGAGGCUACACCAUGGAAGAAUUUCAAUAAAAAGAAAGAGGCUGCCCUUAAGAAAAGGAAAGAGGGAACACUUCAAGUUGUCGGACCCCCAAAAUCUUCCCAUAGAUCUGGAUUGACUUCAACAAAUGCUGCCACCAAGGGCAGACAUUCCUCUCCUCUUCCAUCCCAACCAGAUCCUUUUGCUGCUUCAUCUUCUCCACUGGGACCUUUAAAUAUGUCCAAGAGCCUUGAGGAUGCUGUCCCAUCACAAAUGACAGGCAAGCAAGAUACUAAUGCUGUCUCUGAGAGAGAAAUCCCUUCCAGGACAAACAUUGCCACGAGGAACACACCGGGAGGCAAGGGAAAUAGUGGGUCUAAACCAGCUGAUUUGCAGGGCAUGUUAGUUUCUCUUCUAAAGGACAAACCUAAUGGAAUGACUUUGAAGGCCUUGGAGAAAGCUGUUGGAGACACAUUUCCAACUUCCAUAAAGAAAAUUGAGCCAAUUAUAAAAAAAAUUGCAAAAUAUCAGGCUCCAGGAAGGUAUAUUAUGAGACCAGCAGUAGAUUUGGAAAGUUUAAAUAAACCUCAAACUGAAAGCGGAAGUUCUCCUGAUGACAAUCACAGCCAGAUACCUGCUCGUGAAGAGUUUCAUGAUCAGGCAUCAGCUCCACAGGAAAGAUCUGAAGAGAAAGCCCCAAAUGUUGAUUUGGAGGAAAUGGUCAAAGUAAAAUCCAAAGUAGAAGAAGAACCAAACAAUUGUGAAAAAAUUGAUGCCCAACAUACUUCUCCUGAUAUGGUUGCUGACAAAAAAGGUUCUGAUCAUAGUGAAGGGCAGGCAGGCACCUCCAGUGAUAGUGGAAGUGACAGUGACAGUGAAAGUGACAGCAGUGACAGUGGAAGUGAUAGUGGAAGCCACAGUAGGAGUAGAAGUAGAAGUCCUGCCGGAACAGGGAGUGCGAGUAGUAGUGAUAGUGAAAGUGAUGUAUCAUCGAGCAGCAAGGAGGGACUGGAGGGAUCUGAUGAGGAUGUAGAUAUUAUGACUAGUGAUGAUGAAAAAGAGUCAAAACAAAAAAUAGAAGCCUCUGAUCAAAAGAUGCCCUUACCCAAUCCUGUAAUAUCUCCUGAGCGAAGAUCAAUUCAGAAUGAGGUUGGUGAGAAGCAAGAUGGUAAUGAAUCUGAUGCAGUUGAAAUUGAAAAGGACUUACCUGAGGAUCAGGAGGCUGAGAUGGCUCUAGAUACGGCUAUCAUUUCUAAUAGAGGUGGAGAAUAUGUAGAAGAGACAAGGCCGUUUUCACUUGACUAUCAACAGCUCCAGGAACGCCAAAAUUAUAUAGGGAGUUUGUUUGAUGAAAGAGAAAAUGAAGUUAAAGAUAGCUCUAAGCAUGAACAGUCUGACAGCUCUGAUAGGUUAUAUAAAGGUAAACACAAGAGAGGUUCUGAUAUGAAGAAUAUUGAUGAGAAAUCAGAAGGUGCAAAGAGGUUGAAAGCAGGAAGCUUGAGCCGUGAACCAUUUUCUCCCAGUAUGGAUGUGCAGACACUCGAGAAUUCUCAGAACUUAUCUCCUGAUGAAUUUACUGAAGACAUCUGUAAGGGACCUAAUGUACAAAUGCCAAACAGAGCUGAUAGACCAGGGAAUUCAAGUGUUAGCUUACCCAAAGAACCCAAUCGAGCAUUUCCUGGAAAAUCUAGUUCAGAACAAACAGGUCGAAGAUCCAUAGAUCAAACCAUUUCAGAAUACCCUUCCUAUCCAUCGGAAAAAUCAGAUAAACAGGGUGAAAGCAUAAGGCAUGGCAAAAAACACUCAGGAAAGGACUUCCGUGCUCGUGAAGCCUCUGUGCACAAAGAUAAAUCUCAUAGAGAUGGCUUGAAUGAGGAUAUUCAUGCCACUGAGAAAAAAGCCCCCAGGAAUUCCAGGGAUGAUAAUAGAAGUAAACAGUCACUAUCCAUGGAUUCUUAUUACCAAAAACAAGGUGAAACGGUUGGUAAAUUAAAAGAAGGCCGACAAAGUACACAGUCACACUUCGGAGCAUCACCUAAGGACAAAAAUAGAAUUGGUCUUAAUCAAUCCCCUGUAACUAAUGGGCGAGGUAUCUCUCUUCAAAGAGAGCUUUCAGACUUGGAGUUGGGUGAACUCCGUGAGUCCACUCCAGAUGAAACUCACAUAACAAAGCAAUUUGAACGUAAAGGUUCAUUUAAACAUUUGGAGGACAGAGUAAACACUUCAGAGGAGAGGAAUCCAGAUGUUACUAAAGUAAAACCUUCAUUGAAAGCAACUUCAGAUUCAGGAAAGCCAGCCUCAGCAUUUGUAAAUUCUGGUUUUCCCAGUAAUUUGGACAGUUCUAAUAAAAAGAACUCAGAUAAUCAUUUUGAAGAUUCAACAAAAUCUCGUUCUAGAGUUGCACAGAUUCAUUCACAAUAUUCAAAAGCAGAUCAUGCAGAAGAAGGAUCUCAAAACAAAUUGGCAGAAAUAAGCAGUAAAUUUAGAAAUAAUGAAUCUGGGACCGGCCAAGAUAUUGACUUGGAAAUUCGCAAUGAAAGCAAUAGAAGAGUGCCUGCACAUGCAUCUAAACAAGACAGUAAACGGGGAAUGGUUUCCUACCCUAUGAAAGAAAGUAAAAGACAAACACCUAAUUCAGUAGAAGUGAUGGCUUAUGGAGGAAAGGAUUCUGUGUUUGCAGAUAGAAAUCAUGGUGAUCAAAAGAAGAGAGAAUCAUCUUCAGACGAAAAUAGUUGCUCUUAUUCGAAGUAUGAAAAGGAUGAACCUGAAUUGAGGGGACCGAUUGGGACUCUUUCACAAUAUCAAGAAUAUAUGCAGGAGUAUCGUGAUAAAUUUGAUAGUUACUGCUCCUUGUACAAGAUUUUGGAGAAUUACAAGGACAAGUUUCAGAAACUAGGCAAGGAUUUAGAAUAUGCUAAAGACAGGGAUAUGGAUAGGUAUUAUGAAAUCUUGCAGCAGAUGAGGGAAUCCUAUCGACACUGUGCACCGAGACACAAGAGAUUGAAGAAAAUAUUUGUAGUUCUUCAUAUGGAAGUGGAGACAAUUAAGCAAAGGAUCAAAGACUUUGCAGAAGCGUUUAAUAAAUGAUAAAAAUACAGGAGCCUUAUUGACUAUUAUGGUUUAGAAUUUUUGGGUGAUACAUGAUGUGCAGUUGAGUAGAUGAAUUUUUGUGUAAGUUGGAUGUAUACUAGCUUUUGGUACUAUUUAUUGGUAGAGCCGUAUACUUGUGUAUAAAUGAAAUUUUGUCUUGCUUUCUCGUAUAGUUCUGGCAUAUUUUUUGUUU